AUGUAUUUGCCAAUCUCAGGUGCUCAAGGUCGUUGGAGCUUGGACUUCUUUGAGGAGACCUGUCCGCCAGCGGGUUCCCCCGAGGCCUCGCUUUUCUCGGUCUACCGCGCGCCCGAACCGCAGCGACGCUUCCGCUACGCGCAUGUCGCCGCGCAUGGCACGGAGGAGGAGGGCGGCUUCGGGUUGGGCUUGGAGACCUGUGCCGAGCGGCUCCUGUUGGAGUUCCACGACUUCGCGCGGCGGAAGCGGAGGGCGGAAGGAGAUGGUGGAGAUGGCUUUGCUUACUACUUGUGGGGCGUCGUGCUGCGGCAGGUGGAGGGGCAGUUUGAAGGCUUCAACUUGGGUAGUGCAGUGGAUGAGGACCUGGCGGAUGAGCAAACGUGGAAGGAGCUGAGACGGAUUCAGGAGGCAGGGCAAUGGGGCGAGUUUGAGCAGGCGCAACUCUUCAUUGGAUGCAGGGAUGCUUUGACUCCUUGUCACUAUGACUUGCUCCACAACGCCUACGUCCAGGUGAAAGGUUGGAAGCGGUUCCUCCUCAUCGACCCACGCUACUCCUAUGGCUUGUACCCCUUUCCCCAGGGGCACCCCAUGGACCGGUGCGCUCGUGCCGAUCUGGAGCAUCCAGACUACCAGCGCUUCCCAAGGCUUUCAGAGGUCCAGGUGGUGGAGGCGGUGUUGGGACCCGGCGAUGUGCUCAUCUUGCCCUGUGGCUGGUAUCAUCACGUCCAGUCCUUGACCGAAGAUUCCCUCUCUGUAAGCUUCUGGUUCUCCCGCGCUUCUCCAAGCGCGCGGGACCUGGAUGGACCGCGCGCCGGCUCCGUGCUGUCGUCCUUGGAGCGGAUCUUGCUGGCGCGGGAGGUGGAAGCCUUGCUGCUGCUCUUGUGGGGAGCUUCUGGGCUGGCGAAGGCCUUCCAAACGCUCCGGUCUCUUUGGGAGUUUCCGGCGGAGAUGGACCCGGAGAUGGCCUUGACCUGCGCCUACCUGGUCUGGCGCCUCCGCCGGGCCUUAGGUCGGCUGGAUGAAACCGUGUGGGAUCGCUGGGUGCCAUGUCCCGAAGCCUUCCACCCGGAGCACGACAUUUGGAGAGCCCGGGCCGCCACCUUGGAGGCCCUCCGUACGCCUGCACCCGACGCGGCCACAGUGGAGGCGGCCACGGCGGGGCUACCUGAGGAGGAGGUGGCCUCCUUUUGGCGCGACUUCGUGCCGGAGGCCCAAAAGUCUCGGGGCGACUGGCCCACGUUGUGGUCGCGGUCCCAGGCAAUCGCAGCGCGCUUCGGCCGCAAGAGCUUGGCCGUCUACGAGCGCAUGGUGGGGCGCUAUGUGCUGUUGCUGCGGAGCAGCGUGACGAAUGAGAUCAUCCGUGACGUGGGAUUAGACACGCUGAUGGGAAAUUGGCGCUUGCACCUGCUCUUCCAUGACGCCAUUCUGGAAGGCAAGGCGGCCUAUGUUGAGACCUUGAAGUCUCCUCAGUCCUUAGUGGAGCGGGCCAAGCGCAUGGACGACGCGCGGCUCUUGGACCUCAUCGGUUUGUUGCGGCCGGACGACCUGCGCUUCGAGGACCUGAAGUUCCGCUACGUCCGGGACUUGAAGCAACGCCCCGACCGGCGUGGCUUCAUCACCAACGUCCUCGAGAUGGACAAGGGUGGUUUCUAUUCGAUGCUGAAGUUCCUUUUGGCGCAGCAGCCCUUGACCCCCUUGUGGCUGCCCAAGGCGCGGCUCUUGGACUCAGGUGCCUGGGCGGUGGAAGGUUACGAGGAGCAAAAGAAAGCACCUGGAAACCCGCUGACAGAGCCCAUGUUGAAAUGA